AUGUAAUAAGAAUUAAUAAAGAGACCUAAUUAUUUGGAACAAAAGUAACAAAAGAAUUAUAGCUUUGAUUUAAAUACUGAAAGAUUUCCUAUUCAAUUGUAAUAGUUAAAAAAAUAACAAAAUUAAGAAUGGAGACUUAAAACUGCAACUGCAAAAUCUAAUAAACUUUAAUAUGAAAUAAUGUUAAGUUCAUACAGAAAUAAUAUAUCUAAAUCUGUAAAUAUUUAAACAAAAUCAUAACAUAAAAGUAAUAUAAAAAAGAUGAUAGAAAAUGAAAAUUAUGAAAGUUAUAUUAAUAACUAAGUAAUAUAAUAUCUAUUAAAAUUAUAGAAUUUAACAUUUUUAAACUCUGGAUAUUUAAAGAAAAAUCAAAAAAUAGAUUUAAUGUUUAAUAGAAGAAACAAAAUGAAUAAAGUUUGA